GGCAGUGCAUGUGAAAUGCCUCACCUCAGCCCAGGUGGUACAGUUACUGAGGCCGACCUGAGAGCCUCCAUGUUAUCUGCUGUGGAGGAUAAAAUGAAGAGAAGACUCCGUGAGACAUUUGCCCAGGCCCAGGUGAGUUUUGUUUAUACUCUAGAUGUCAUGUGCAAAUAUUUCUGAAAGUUAACUGUUUGCCCAAAGAACUGCUUUGAUUGUGAUGUAAAUUAUGCAUGACAAGUACUCUUUUCUCCUUAACUUUGUUAUGUUUUGAUUCAUCUCUACAAUUGACAUGCAAUCCAAGUACACAUGCUGCAACAAUUUUUUUUUCUAUUUAAAAGUGUUUUGAUUAUAUUUUGCUUACCAUAGAAAUUUAUUUGUCUUACAUAGCGUGAAUAUUGAAUCUAUUCCUCAUUUUCUAGAUUAGGACAGAAUAACAAAGCUUUCUCUACAUUUGUUAAGUUCAGAUAACUUGUUAUCACAUUUAGAGUUUGACUCAGGUACUGGUACCAAAACAUACAGUAAAGACAUUAUGGCAUUCAGAUCACCCUAAGCAGGACGUUUUUAUGUUUCACCUGAAGGUUUUUUAACUAAUAUGAUCUAUUCAGGAUAAAUAUGCCUGGCAUCAUGAACCACAUUCAUACAUUUGUACUGCUAAUGUCACACUUCAUUUGUUUGUCAGAGGCUUCACUUAUGUCUUAGUACAUGAUACAUUAGCAAAUUAAGGCUCUUCCUGAAGCUAUGAUUUGUAUUCAAGUACAUUAAACUAUAUGGCUUAACAUGAAGGCACUCUAUGACACCAAAAUAAAAUGAUAGUUUCAGUGCACCCUGAGAGAUACGACAGUUACUCUUUGUUAAUUAUAUUUAUUGAAUAUAUAUAUAUAUAUAUACAUAUUAGUAAGUACGUUAAUGUAUGAUCCAUUAUUCUUACAUUUUUUUGUUAUUCAAAGGCUGAGAUGGAUGUCCUGACAAAGACCCAAAAAGAUUUAACAGCAGGCAAACAGAAAUUGGAAAUCAUCAUUGCAGAGUUAGAGAAAGAAAGGGUUAGAAACUUUGGUUGAUUUCUACCAUUUUAAAUCUAAUAUGUUUUUUUUUUAUCCCUUCAAAAUACAAAUGAACAUAAUGAAUGUCCAUGUCUACAUCUGUUACCAAGAGUUAAUGGCUUCUGCUUUGGUAAAUUAACAAUUUGCCGACCCACCAACUUGUCAUAAUGGCCAAUCAGUUUUACUGUAUUUGAGAUUUGUGAGUGCUUCCCCAUGUGAAAGUGGAGUUAACUCUAAUAAAUUAGUUGCCUGUCAUGAACACCGGGCAAAACCUCAAACACAGAUUAGCAAAAUAGAUAAAGAAAUAAAGAGAAAAUGAUGUCAGUUCAUAGCUUUUUAGCAUGUAGUGGAUAUUUCCCACACUACAAAGAAAAAUGAAAACAAAUACAUUAAGUUUAGAAAAAGCAAAUGGAUCACUUGAUUACAUUAAGUUAAUUCUAGUAGUAUUUGAAGGUCAAGGUCACCACACAUGUGCACCAUGUCUUUUCUCCAACUUAAUUUCACAAAUCAUCUUGACACCACAGAACAAAAGGAUUUGACACCUCAUGAAUUUAAGAUUUAGUGAAAGAAAAUAUGUACUUAUUACCUAUAAAUUGUAAAAUUCUUUUGAUUUUUUUAAAAUAAAAAUAUUUGUGUUUUUCAUGUCAGUAACUAGUAACAGUUUUAAUGAUUUUUUUUAGGAUGAGAUAGAAAAGAAUAUAACAUUGCUGAAGGAUAAGGAUAAAGAGGUGAAAGAUGCCAUUCAGAAAAUGGAAUCAAAUGAGAGCUUGAGUGUUGAUGAAGCUGUUGUAACAACUACACCACUGUAUAGGCAGUGAGUAGAUAUUUAAAUGAGUUUAGUGCAAUAAUAGUUCAAAUCUAUCAUUUGUCCUACUACAAUUCUUCUUAAAGCAUGUAUGUUAGUGACCUGUUACCCACUCCUGCCUUGAGGUAGAUCAUUUGUUCUACUACAAUUCUUCUUAAAGCAUGUAUGUUAGUGUUAGUGGCCUGUUACCCACUCCUGCCAUGAGGGCCAUCCAUUUAUUAAGUAUUUAAGAAAGAAGCUUAUUUCAUGCCUCACACACCUUUUUUUUUUUUUUUUGGCACCACCUUUCCCCAUGCCUAAAUAUAAAUGAUUCCAAACACCCCCACCCCCACCCCCCCCCUUCCCCACCCCCUAACACCCCAAACUUAAAAAUAGAAGUUAAUAAAACAAAUAUUUGUUGACAAAUUACUGUAGCUGACUGUAAGCCUACACUGUAGCAACAAAAAACUUGUGAUGUAGAAACAUUUCAAUUGGAAUCUUACAUCCUAAUAAUUUAAUAAUACUGUAUAAUUUCAGAUUAGUAGAUGCAUUUGCAGAGGAGCAAGCAAUAGAAGACGCUAUUUACUACUUAGGUGAAGCACUUCGGAAAAAUGUUAUAGAGCUGGAAUCAUUUUUAAAGGUAGGAUCUUGAAAUACUUUAAAAAAAAUAUGUUUUUGAACUAUUCUAAUUCUAUUAAAUCAUGAUCGAAAGUUCUUUAUUAGAGUGACAUUGGAUGAUAUGAAAAACUUGAACAAUAGUUCUGAACCCACAAAAAAUUUGUAUUUAAUUUUUCAAUACUUUUAUCUUCAGAGGGUACGAGAAUUGUCAAGAAAACAGUUUAUGCUUCGAGCGACUAUACAGAAAUGCAGAGAAAAGGCAGGCCUGCCACCAUUAGUGUAAAAAGCAAGCUGAACACUUUGGACAUUGUAAAUAUCUAAAGUCCUGAGAGCUUGUUUUAAGUUAUUUUCAGCUAGUCGUCACCUUGACUGUCCGUGUACAUUUGGUCAUAAACUGGGCAUGUGCAAACCCUAACCUGAUAUAUGCUUUCAUUUGAACCACAUAAGUUUCCCCAGCAAUGAUAUGGUGAAACUCAUUGGUUCUCUCUUUAAACUGAAUUUUCCUCAGUGACCAAAAUCUCACAAGGAAAAGCCUGACAUUAAAUGUCUUAAGAGCCUAGCACUCACUCUUUUUAUCAUCAUCAACAAUUAUACGGUUAAUUUAGUUAACUAAUUAAAGUAAAAUUAUGUAAAAGCAAUGUUUAAAUUUUCAAAUAGUUGAAUAUGUGUACUUAUAUUAUAAAUGAGUUUACCCUAGGGGGUAUCUAGCCCCCUGACUAAAAUUUUGCAUAUGUCUGGUUUAUAGCCAAGUUUUACAAUGAGGUUGAUGUGCUUCUGAGAUUUUCUGCUAGUUAACAUUUUUUAAAUAGCUUAUUCUGGGGGGUUUUGUUUGUCAUAAAAACAAAUGUGAUUGACAUUAUUUAGCAUUAUAUACAGAUAAAUCGAGAGUGAAUAAAUUUAAGAAUGUAUGCAAUGAAAACCUCGUUUGUAUAUUCAUUUAUUUUUUUUUUUAAAUCCUAAAUCUUUCGGAGAUUAAAUUUUGUUGUUUUUUAACAAAGUAAAAAAUGUGAAGUUAAAAGCAGCACUAUAACAUUCUAAGUGGCACACAUCUUUUGCCCUCUUACACACAUCCCUAUUUUACAAUGCAAGUUGAAAAAUAUUCUAUUUGGUCUUUGAUAUAUGCAAUCAAAUGUGGUGUUGGAGAAAAGUGUUUGUGCUGGUAUUUAUUAGUUGAAUUAUUUCCUGGAACUGUUAUGCGUAAAGUAUUCAACAGGCUGUUUGAUUGAAUGAGUAUAAAAAUUAGGAUAAAAUUCAGGUUCGGUAACAGGCAGUUGCUACACAAGCGAAAGAAUCCACACUCAAAAUCAUAAAUGCUGUCAAUUUGCUAUACAUUACUAUUUAAUUAAAGUCUCUGAAUUUUUUCAUUUUUUUUUUAAUAAACCAGAUAAUUUCUGUAAUCUUAGUUUAAUAUUGUUGCACAAUUUAAUAGGAAUGUUACACGAAAUAUUAAUACCAUACAUUGAUAGUACCGGUUUCAAAAUAUUUAUGGCUGCAUAAAAUCGAUUUCAUUAAGUGUAAUGAGUUUUCGGUUUUGUUUUAGGCCAUCAAUCUUUUCUAAUUUUAGCACUUUAUGUAGGACGAUAUCGAAAUAUCCUUUUUUUGGCUGAGGUGUGUGUUAACAAGCUUUUAAAAAUCUUUGUUUCAAUCGCUUUUGCUUAUUUGUGCUAUUUUCUACGUGUAUUAAUGAUGUUUUAUGUUUCCUCUGAUGUUGUGUUUCCUUGCUAAUGAUGACUUGAAUGUGCUUUAAUGUGAAACAUUUCUGUAUAUAGACAAUUAUGUUUCAAAGCCUUUAAGUUUGUGUUUUAAAUGAAAAAUAUAUUUUGUUACUUUAACUUAUAUUUAUAUGGACUUAUUAUUAAUGGAUCACAUUUAUCACAGUCAUUUAUAGUAUAGAAUGUUAGGCUUUAAUUUUCAAGACCAAAAAAUGAAAAGUUUUAAAUUUAUUAUUUUGCUUAGCACUAUAACUAUAAAUGACUUCAAAGUAUUACCAUACAUGCAUAGAGAAUACAAGUUUGGUCAUAAAUUAGGAACAGUUAUGAUGAAAUGUUUUUCUGUGUGUGUGUGGGAUAAAUGAAAAAUUUGAUAAUUACUUCAUAAAACAGAACAGUAAAAAAAAAAUAUUAUUUUUAAAGAAAAUGUUCCUUGUUGAAUAUUGAUAGAUUUCAAGCAGUCGAUUUCUCUCAGAAAAGUACAAGAGCAAAUUUUUUUGGGGUUGUAAAUAGGCCUACAUCAAAUUCAAAUUUAUAAAUUUUGCAACGUAUGUACAAUGAAAUAAUCUAUCGGUUUGACAUGUAUAAAAGUGUAUUUGUGAAAACUAUCAAAUAUUCAUGUAAUUUUAAUCUAAACAUUUUGUGUCCUUGUAUAAUUGUAUUAUAUCCAAAACUCCACAGGACUAAACUCAGUUGGGCUGUAAUUUACUAUAAGAAGGUUAGAAAGCUGACAGACUUGAUAUCUCUUGUCAUGACUUAAUUAUGGCUUAAAAAAAAUUGUAGCUGAUGAUUGAAAAAGCUUUCAGGCGAUUUUAACUCAAUUUCAAUUAAACAGUAAUGUACCGGUAGCAAUCUGUACAUUCAUGAUAAAUAAUCUGGUCAAAAUUUAAAUAGAUUUAUUCAAUUAAGAGCAUUUUAGAAGUUUUGAUAAAAAAAGUGAAGUAAUUUUAGCCUCCUCUGAGGGUCAAUUUUGAAAUGUUUUUUUCUACACCACCUUGUCAUUGUAUCGUUUCAGAAAUCAAAUAUCCAAUACAUGUGUAAGCUGUUUGGCUCUUUUAAAUAUUGCUUAUGGUUUUAAAGGUUCAAAUUUGUCUUCACAUGAUUAAUUUAAUUAAUUAAUUUCAUUAGUUUGAUUAAUUUCCAAUGUUCUUUAAAAAUGUUGAUGCCAUUGCACAAUGUAUCAUUUGAUAAAUGAAAAUAAAAGCCAUCUUGUGUCAACUAGCUGUACAUUAUUUUAUUUUAAUUUUAAAUCUACCAAAUUAUUCUUGC